AUGCAAUCUCCCCAGCUUCCCCCGUCCCUUGGACCAGAGCCCCCCUACUAUGCAAGGCCAAGGCCUGAACAAGUAGAUAUCUGCUAUCGCGCUGCCUGUGACGGAGACCUUGAUACUCUUAAAGAACAGGCCUGGCAGCUUCUUCACAACCCCGAGGCGGCAUUUGUUGAGCAACCGCAUCCAACAUGGCUAUAUCGUUCAUUAGCUGAGGCGAUUCGGCAACAGAACAUAGAGAUGGUCCAGUUUUUGUUGGAUGAGAACGUCGCGAAUGGUGAUCUUCCAGUUGAGGUUGCUGUGCGUAGUCGAGCGUUCAAGGUACUGGAAUUAUUCCUUCAACGUGGAUGGGAUAUCAACCAGCCAAUGGGCCGAAAUGAGCCCUCCGUGUUGAGUAUCCCUCUGUGUACCUCUGAUAAGGAGAUGGUCAUGUGGUUGCUUGACCAUGGUGCCAAUCCAAACAGCCGCUGCGAUUGGGACUUUACACCUACAUCAUACGCCAUGCUUGCUGCUCCUCUCGAAACUAUCGACGCUCUUUUCGAACGAGGAGCAAACCCACUCUGUGGACAACUCCUCCAUUAUGCUGUUCUAAGGGAUACAUCUGACGCUCUAGAGGUGGUCUGCAAGAUUGUAGAGAAAGGUGCACCAAUCAACGAGGUCAAGUACGAAAAGGAGCUAGAGACAUAUAUUGAGCGCAAACCAUUUGGCCUUGGAACGCCACUUCACCGAGCUGCAGAGUUUGGUAAGAAGGAUGUUGUUGAGUACUUGUUGAAGAAGGGCGCCGACUCCCUAAAGUUGGACAGCAAAGGUCGAACGCCACGUUUCUGGGCAGAAAAGGAGGGCUUCACGGACGUGGCUCGUGUUCUCGAGGAGGCAGAGCGUAAACAGGCAAACAUUGAUCCAAUGUAA